GACGGAGAAGUGGGCGGAUGGGGGGGCGCAGUCAUUUAAACUAACCGCUCGCAGUGCGCAUGCGCAUGGAUUUGAAGAGAAUACGCCAUAUUGAAUUCUCGUAGGGAUUCAGCUAGCGAUUUUUUUUCUCCAGCUAGCGGCGUAAAGGGGGCCACUUUACCAAUGGUGCCGAUUCGGUUUCACGUCUAAACACUUCUCCGCGCGUAACCCCGGACAGAGCAGCGACCUUUCGACGGGCCCAGGGAGCGACGCGGAUUCACGACGGGCUCCGGUUCGACACCAGCAGAGGGGGGUUACCAGAGAGGGGAGUUGAAUGGAUCCGAGGGUAGCUUGGAUUCAGCCCGAACAGAAAGGACCUGCGAACGCCUUAUGGAUGCACGUCUGGGAGACCUCUCAGGGAGCACGGACGCUCUCCGCUCAGCAGCAGCUCCACAACCAGCGCGUGAACUACGCUGCGCUGGAUGUUUUAAAGAAUGUGGCGACCGCGGUGGCAGCGGGCAGGAGCGUCUGCAGCGGCGGCGGUAGCGUAACUGCCGGCCGGAGCAGCGGCCAUCGCAGCGGCAUCAUGAGCGGUGCUGCGAUUUCCGCGCUGGGGGUCGCGGCACUGUCCAACGGGAACGCACACACCGCCGCGGAACCGGGUGACGGCAAACCCCGGCCCCUGGGGUCCGUCUCCUCCUCGUCCUCCUCUUCUUCAUCAUCAUCGCAGGAAUCAGGCACGGACAGCCCCCCCUCCGGCUGCUCGCUCGAGAGGACUAUGGGUGGGAAUGUAUCGGGCAACGUGAACAAAAACGUCGGGGGUGCCAACCUGCUCUUCAGCUUGAGCGACAGCAUGGACCAUAAUGUCAACCUGUACCACCACCACCAUCAUCAUCACCACCACCGUCACCUACAGGAGCACCCGGCGUUCAGCCCCCAGCAGGUCUGCGUGAAGCGUCACCAGGUUCACCCCUCCGCACCUGGGAACCACACACACAAUCCCCACCACCCGGGCCGGAGGAAAAGCGACAACAAGGCGAGCACUUAUGGGAUGAACUACCUGCUCUCGAACUGCACCAACGGGAAUUACGCGAGCAAUUGGACGCCGUGGAAGACGAGGACGUACAACCCCGGGGUCCUCGGACUCCACGAGGAGGUGAUGGACUUCUACAACUUCAUGUCUCCCCGGCCAGAAGAGGCAGCUAUGAGGAAGGAGGUGGUGAACCGAAUAGAGAUGAUUAUUAAGGAGCUGUGGCCCACUGCAGAUGUUCAAAUAUUUGGCAGCUUUAGCACAGGACUCUACCUUCCAACAAGUGACAUUGACCUGGUGGUGUUUGGGAAGUGGGAGCGCCCCCCCCUGCAAGAGCUAGAGCAAGCUCUUCGCAAACAUAAUGUGGCAGAACCCUUUUCCAUCAAAGUGCUGGACAAGGCUACAGUGCCAAUCAUCAAGCUGACAGACCAGGAAACUGAGGUGAAGGUGGACAUCAGUUUCAAUGUGGAGACUGGGGUGAGGGCGGCGAGCUUCAUUAAAGACUACGUAAAGAAGUAUCCAGUGCUGCCUUACCUGAUCUUUGUACUCAAGCAGUUUCUGCUGCAAAGAGAUCUGAACGAAGUCUUCACUGGGGGCAUCAGCUCUUACAGCCUGAUCCUCAUGGUCAUCAGCUUCCUCCAGCUUCAUCCUCGUAUUGAUGCCAGGAACCCAAAUGAGAACUUGGGGGUCUUGCUGAUCGAGUUCUUUGAGUUGUACGGCCGCCAUUUCAACUACUUGAAAACAGGGAUCCGCAUCAAAAAUGGAGGCGCAUAUAUACCCAAAGAGGAGAUCAUGAAGGCCAUGACAAAUGGAUACAGGCCAUCCAUGCUCUGCAUAGAGGACCCACUGCUUCCAGGUAACGACGUUGGGAGGGGUUCCUAUGGUGCCAUGCACGUCAAGCAGGUGUUUGACUACGCCUACACUGUCCUGAGCCAUGCUGUGUCGCCACUCGCACGGUCGUAUCCCAACAAAGAGUGUGAAAGCACCUUGGGCAGGAUAAUCAGGUUGACCCAGGAAGUGAUCGACUACAGGGAAUGGAUCAUUAAGAAGUGGGGGGGCAGAGAUCUGGCACGGACAGACAACAGAGUUUCACCUCCCAAGGAGCCCGUGUCGGAGCAGGAGCCCAGCUGUGUGCUGAGUGACAGCGGUGUAGGGUCGGAUGAGCAGCAGAGGGACUCAGUGUCGCCCCAAAGCGCAGACUCCCCCAUGUCCAUCUCCAGCCCCCACCAGCACUCGUCAGCCUCCUCCGUCUCCUCACUGUCGGGAUCAGACAACGUACGAACUUCUAAUGGAACAAAGUUCAAUGUGAAGGGCUUCCACAACCCCCCGCUGGUCAACAACCCUGUUCUGGCUAACCGCGGACACACUCAUACGCAUACGCAGUACCACCGCAACACUUGGCGACGCAGAAAGAGGGACAGCCUACCGGCCAGCCUCCUGGAUGGCUUGUAUUUCACAAACAGAAAUCUGUCCAUAAUAACUCAGCUGGAGAGGAACUUGACCAAUACACACACAGCUUGCCUCAGUAUGUCUGAACAGUGCCAGCUGAACAACCUGAUGGACUGGGCCAGCGGUCACUCCUCGGCCAGCGUGGACGGCUUCCAGAGGAAACACUUCAUCCAUGACUGA